CACGGUGGUGAACGGGUGCUGCUGGGCCCGGCUACGGUUCUGGAUCUGCACUGUCCCCUUUACGCGACCGCCCAGACCGGGACCCGGUGCCUGUCAGCAACAACACACCUGCCAGCUGCAAGGAGGGGCAAGGAUAAAGUAACCGAGAAUACAACCCGAUUUGACGGGUAUUUGUAAUUCUAAAACCAGGCUGGGGAACGGCACCGGGAGCUUGUGUAAAGUAAAACAAUCACUUGUAAUCAUCUUGGUUAGUUGUCAGUGUGAUACUGUCACGCAGCAACAGCUAGCCUGAUGAAGUUAGCCUGUAAGCUAAAGUGAAGUGCUGCUAGUGAUGGGACUGUUUUUGGAAAUAUUCUGUUUGCCGUUAUGUUAUAGCUAACUACUUUAGAUAUGGGUUGUAAAAUCACCUAUUAAAUGUUAAUGCGGACAUCAUAAUACUAGUUAUCGUGUUCAUCUUUAUGUGUACUUUUACGUCUCAUCAUUUAAACUAGUAUCCUAUCCUAGCAUUACCACUCUCUAAAUAUUAGCCAACUAGCUAACGUUAGCACACUCGUUACAAUAAUCUGUCAUUUUGUUCAUUGUGACGUGAAACAGGAAAAGGGUCACAUUAGUGUUGCUAGUGGUAGACCCUAGUUAACCUCUUUACCUCCAUACCGUAGUUAUGUCAGAAUUAACCAGCUGAUUUAUAACUGAGAAGUGUUUUGUGCAAGUAGAACAGACAUGACAGUACUGGUUAGUUAAGGAGAAUUAAUCCUGACCACAAAUAAUACAUUACACAUUGCAAUACUGGUCAUUUCUAAAUCGGAGAAGUCGACAUAUAAAGGCUUAACGUAUAGGUAAUUCUCAGUAAAUUAUCUUAUUUGAAAAAAACUUCAUCCACAAGUGAACAUGGCUCUUAAAAAGAGACCUGUGCCCUUAAACAUUGCUCCUGCCUGUGAUGGAUUAUCCACCUCCACCAACGUUGAUGUUCCUUCUGAAGCCAAUGUAGAAGCGCUGAAAAGAGUAUUGGAAGAGCUGGACCUGGAUGAACAGCAAAAGAAAAGGCUAGAAGCUUUCCUCACUCAAAAGGCCAAGGUAGGCGAAUUGAAAGAUGAUGACUUCCAUCGAAUUUGUGAAUUGGGUGCUGGCAAUGGUGGCGUUGUCAACAAGGAGUGUCACAGACCCUCAGGCAUAAUCAUGGCCAGAAAGCUCAUUCAUCUAGAAAUUAAACCUGCUAUCAGAAACCAGAUCAUCAGAGAGCUUCAGGUGUUGCAUGAAUGUAAUUCUCCCUACAUCGUGGGCUUCUAUGGUGCUUUUUACAGUGAUGGAGAAAUCAGCAUCUGCAUGGAGCACAUGGAUGGUGGAUCUCUUGACCAAGUGCUGAGAGAAGCAAAAAGGAUCCCAGAGGAGAUUCUGGGCAAAGUUAGCAUUGCUGUUUUGAGAGGCCUUGCCUACUUAAGAGAAAAACACCAAAUCAUGCAUAGAGAUGUAAAGCCUUCAAACAUACUGGUGAACUCACGGGGGGAGAUCAAGCUGUGUGACUUUGGUGUGAGCGGGCAGCUCAUAGACUCUAUGGCCAAUUCUUUUGUAGGGACAAGAUCCUAUAUGUCGCCUGAGAGGCUGCAAGGAACCCAUUACUCUGUGCAGUCAGAUGUGUGGAGCAUGGGGUUGUCGCUUGUUGAACUGUCAAUCGGACGUUACCCCAUCCCUCCUCCAGAUGCCAAAGAACUGGAAGCCAUAUUCGGAUGUUCCAUCUUGGACAGCACUGAGGGAGAGACACACAGCAGUUCACCCAGGCCCAGACCACCAGGCAGACCUGUCAGUGGUCAUAGCCCAGUAAUGGCCAUCUUUGAACUCUUGGACUACAUCGUAAACGAGCCGCCUCCCAAACUACCACAUGGUGUAUUCACCUCUGAUUUCCAGGACUUUGUAACAAAGUGUCUCAUUAAAAACCCAGCAGACAGGGCUGACUUGAAAAUGCUGACGAACCAUACUUUCAUCAAGCGGUCUGAGGUGGAGGAGGUAGACUUUGCUGGCUGGCUUUGUAAAACCAUGGGGCUCAACCAACCCAGCACUCCUACACACGCUGCAGAGUGAACAUGCAACCCCCUCAUGUGCACAGUAUGUGCGUACAUGUGAAAAGAUGGAGAAACUGCAGCAUUAAACCACAUACCCACCACACUGUCCCUCAGGUGAACCUCCAAAGGGUCAUUCAGAUCAUAGGCCUCAGCUGUCAUCCAGUGUUAUCCAGGGUUGUUCUGUUUUAUGUUGACUACAAUAUGCUGUAUCUUAUUUGAAUGUUUGUUGACAAAUGUAAACACAAAUAAAUACUCAUUUUUGCUAAUUGGGAUUUGGGGAAAUUAAAUGACUUGUUAAGAGAUUAAUAAAUCUAUUGCUGCUAGACUGGAACUUUUUACCUCCUAUGAAUCAAUGUCCUGUCAUUGGAAUUAUCACUACUUUUACAACCAUGUCCAGUGGUCUGUACUGCUGCACUGGUUGUCCUUGUGUUGUGAGGGCCAUAUCUCCAAGACACAAGCACUGAAACAGACAACUGUGCUUAAUUUUUCAUUCUCCAUGCCACAUUUUAUCUGGUUGUAUUUUCCUUUGAAUUUUUAAGGCUUACAGCAAGAGUGAAUCCAUCCCAGUUAUUAUUACUACAGAACACAUUUGCACAGGCAUAUACCAUGUAAACGUUUGUUUUUAUAUUCAUUAUGCAGAUGCAUUGAAAAAUGUAAGAAUUGGUUUAUUUUACUGAAUACAUUGGGUGAUGUGUCUUUUCUUAUCAACAGGAAUUGAUUUUCAUUUGUUGACAAGACUGUUUCCACAAAUGUUGAGAUGUCUUGAGGUGAAGAACGAAGUUUAUAACAUCAAAGCAUGACCCUCAUGUCAAAGCCAAACAUGUUAA